UUGAAAAAAAAUGGUUUCUUUCGUGAUUGAGGUUAUGUAUUAAAAGAUGGAUUUAAAAACGAUCUUAAAGAACCGUUUAAAGAAUAAAAAACCACCUCCUCCGAAUCAAAUUGAACUCGAAGAUAAAGAAUUUCAAAAAUUAAUGAGUGAAUGGGGAAAACCCGUUUCGACUUCUUCGAAGGUUAUCCCAAAAUUUUUCUGGAGAUUACCACGGGAAGACGAUGCUUUACGUCAAAAAUUACGGGAAGAGACUCGUUCGAAUUUCUUGCAACGCCGUAGCCGACAAUUGCUUGAUAAUAACGAGUUAAAAGCGGUUUGGGUUUUGUUGGAGCAACACCAAACGAACGCUGAGGAACAAUUUAUAACGUACGGGGAUUUUCAAAAGGUUGCGUCGUUAGCCGGCCCCAAAGUCAAACCGUAUUUCACCGCUAAAGUUUACACGAAAUUAAUUCAACCCGAAUCGAAAGGAAAAGUGUCCGUUUUGUCGGUUUUUAAUUAUAUCAUGCGAAAAGUUUGGAUUCAACAAACUCGGGUGGGGUUAUCUUUGUAUGAUGCUUCAGGACAAGGAUAUUUGCGCGAAACUGAUUUAGAAAAUUAUAUUUCUGAGUUAUUAACGACGUUGCCUCAAUUGGAAGGGUUAGAGAAGUCGUUUCAUAGUUUUUAUGUGUGCACGGCUGUUAGAAAGUUUUUAUUUUUUUUGGAUGGGUUAAAAGCGGGGCGAGUAAGGAUUUUAGACGUUUUGGCUUGUUCAUUUCUUGAUGAUUUAUUAGAACUAAGAGAUGAAGAGUUAAGUAAAGAUCUCCAAGAAUUAAAUUGGUUUAGUGCCCCUUCAGCGCUCCGCGUUUAUGGACAUUAUUUAAACUUGGACAGAGACCAUAAUGGAAUGUUAAAUAAAAAGGAAUUGGCCGGAUAUGGAUCUGGAACAUUAACCGAGCCAUUUUUAGAGAGAAUUUUCCAAACUUGUUUAACAUACUCGGGAGAAAUGGAUUAUAAAACGUAUUUAGAUUUAGUUUUGGCAUUAGAGAAUCGAUCGGAACCCCAAGCAAUUGCGUUUUUAUUUCGGAUUUUGGACAUAAAGGGGCAAGGAUAUUUGGAUGCUUUUACAUUAAAUUAUUUCUUUCGGGCCAUUCAAGAGCAAAUGAGGGUCCACGGCGCCGAACCGACCAAUUUUCAAGAUGUUAAAGAUGAAUUGUUCGAUAUGGUUAAGCCAAAAGACCCAGAAAAAAUUACUUUGCAAGAUUUACUUAAUUGUGGGCAAGGUGAUACUUUUUUGAGCAUUUUAAUUGAAUUUCAUGGGUUUUGGGCGUAUGAAAAUCGUGAAUCUGUUGCUGCGGAACCCGCACAAGAUUAAAAAAUACCAUAAAUAUUUUUUGACGUUUUAUUAUGACAUAACCUAAAAAAAAAUUUUUUUAUAAAUAAAUCGAUAAAUUGAA